AUGAGAGAAGAGAAAGCCGUCAAGUUCAGAGAGAGAAAUCCCAGGACUAUCAUCAACUGGGAUCUCUUCGCUACGCUAGCCGGCUUUUGGGAAGAUUCCGCAAUGGACAACAUCGACGAGGAAUAUGAACGGCUUGUUGAACACCUUCACGACUGGCGAAGAAGGCUGAGACGUGCAGCAGCACGAGCCGCAGGGAACCAAGAACUCACGUCCGAGCUCGCAAGGCUUUGCAGAGAGGCGAUGAAGGAAGACCUUAUAGAGAGAAGAGCAGAAGUGCUGUCUGAGGCUGCAGAGGCGGGGAAAAGCAUCCGCUAUGCCCGUCGGGACUUCGCCAGUCGCAAGACGAGGAUGACUGCUCUCCGGAACCCAAAGGGAACAGCCAUUGCAUCGAGAAGGGGGAUGGAGAAAAUCAUCUACGACUUCUACUCUGAUCUCUUCGACAGCCAUGUCCACUUGCCUCCUCACCAUCUGAGGGAAGACGGACAAGUCAUUCCAGAGGUUCUCCCGUCCGAAAUACGACAUGUUGUCAUGUCGGUAAGAAAUCGUACGGCACCCAGUCCCGACAGAAUAAGACAAGAACACCUGAAGAACCUUCCGCCAGUACUCAUCAACACCCUGGCGAGGCUCUUUACACGUUAUCUGUCGGAAUGCAAGGUUCCUAAACAGUGGAAGACCAGCAAGACCGUGUUGUUGUAUAAAAAGAGAGAUCCACAUGACAUCGGCAACUAUCGUCCAAUCUGCUUACUGUCCGUCAUCUACAAGUUCUUUACAAGAGUGAUCCUUAAUAGGAUUGAAAAAGUCCUGGAUGAAGGACAGCCAUGA